CUUACACGGCAACACUGUGCGGCGUGCCCCUUGCCCAGCCGCAAGCUCAGUUCUGGCGGAUAAGGUUAUAAGCGCUGGAAUAAUAAUCCCAUGGAAACAAAAAAUAUCAAAGAAGUCUGGGGGCCACUAACAUGAAGGCAACCUUCUCCGGCCAACAUAUCAGGCAAAUUCCGGCCAUCUCAGCCGCCUUGCGGCAGCCGAAGGCAUUCCCCAAACAGUCGACGCUCUCAAUUUCCAAAUUUGCCGGCCCGUUGAAGUGCGCUGUGCAGAGAAGCUUCGUGGAACAAAGCGCGCCCAAAGGCGAUGCGGAGGCCUCUAACUUGAACGACCUAAUCGAUUUCCUGUACGACGACCUCCCCCAUCUCUUCGACGAGCAGGGAAUCGAUCCCUCCAUGUACGACUCCCGGGUUCGAUUUCGUGAUCCCAUCACGAAGCACGACACCAUCGACGGGUAUCUGCUCAAUAUCCGCCUCCUCAAGCUCCUAUUCUCUCCGGAUUUUCAGCUCCAUCGCGUGUGGCAGUCAGGGCCAUUUGAACUUACGACGAGGUGGACGAUGGUAAUGAAGUUUGUGCUUCUGCCAUGGAAGCCGGAGUUGGUUUUCACUGGCGUGUCCAUCAUGGGGGUAAAUCCAAAGAAUCGGAAGUUUUGCAGCCACGUGGAUCUAUGGGAUUCAAUUGUGAACAAUGAGUACUUCUCUUUGGAAGGUCUAGCAAAUGUUUUAGGGCAGUUGAGCUUUUAUAAGACUCCGGACUUGGAAACACCAGAUUACCAGAUCCUGAAAAGAACUGCCAAGUAUGAGGUUAGGAAAUAUGCAUCCUUUCUUGUGGCUGAGACGAAAGGAGAUAAGCUUUCAGGCUCAUCUGGAUUUAAUGAUGUUGCAGGAUACAUAUUUGGCAAAAAUUCCACAAUGGAAAAGAUUCCAAUGACCACCCCUGUCUUUACACAAGCUAAAGAUGCUGCAUUAUCAGAAGUAUCAAUCCAGAUAGUUCUCCCUAAGGAUAAAGAAAAUAGCAACUUACCCGAACCUAGUUUAGAAACAAUCAGCUUGAGAAAGGUAGAAGGAGGCUUUGCUGCUGCUGUAAAGUUCAGUGGAAGGCCAACUGAGGAUGCAGUUAGACAAAAAGAGAAAGAACUACGGUCUGCUCUGAUUGAAGCUGGUCUAAAGCCGAUGAGGGGUUGUAUGCUUGCUCGUUACAAUGAUCCUGGACGCACUUGGAGUUUCAUAAUGAGAAAUGAGGUGUUAAUAUGGCUCGAGGAGUUCAGCUUAAGUUAGUAUAUUUUUCUAUCCUUGUAAAUCAUUUGAAUGCACAGUACUUUCAACGGCUAUAGCAAUUGAAUAUUGUUACGCCACCUAUGACAGCUCAGGGAUCAGAUAGCAAAAUCUUAUGGGCAACUUCUUAGCUGAUGGUUUUUCUAUGUAUUUUUAUUAAUUCUAUAUAAUUUCAUGUUGUGUCAGAUGAGUGAACCAAUUGAAAAAAGCUACAUUACCUGUUUCUUCUUUCUUUCAUUAAGAAUAUUGAUAUCAGGGUUGAAACCCAAAAAUUUAGG